AAACGUCCAAGGUGAAUUACAUACCGGAAUCAUAAAUUAAAUCCCGCAGACAACGCAACCCAAAAAUAUUGACUGAAAAGAGGAAUUCUUCUCCUUUUCUUAUAUUCUUUUAGUUGAUCUUACUCUUUCAUCAUCGCGUUCCAUCAAUUUCUCAGUUUCGUCUUUUGAUUGGUGGGUUUGUUGUGGUUGAGGAAGAUGUGGGCUGCUUCCUGCCUUGCUUCGUGCUGCGCGGCCUGCGCUUGCGAUGCCUGCCGUACAGUGGUGUCCGGAAUCAGUAGGCGGUCUGCCAGGAUUGCAUACUGUGGUCUCUUUGCGCUUUCUCUGAUUGUUUCGUGGAUUCUUAGAGAGGUUGCCGCUCCUCUGAUGGAGAAGCUCCCUUGGAUCAAUCACUUUCAUAAAACACCUGAUAGGGAGUGGUUUGAAACCGAUGCUGUGCUGCGGGUUAGCCUUGGGAAUUUUCUAUUUUUCACCAUUCUUUCAAUUUUAAUGGUGGGUGUGAAAAACCAAAAGGAUCCCCGUGAUGGUUUGCACCAUGGUGGAUGGAUGGCUAAAGUAAUCUGCUGGUGCCUUUUGGUUAUUUUAAUGUUUUUUGUUCCAAAUGAGAUUGUCAGCUUCUACGAGUCUAUAUCAAAGUUUGGCUCAGGACUGUUUCUUCUGGUUCAAGUUGUGCUUUUACUGGACUUUGUUCAUGGAUGGAAUGACAAAUGGGUGGGAUAUAAUGAGCAAUUUUGGUACAUUGCUUUGUUUGUUGUUUCACUUGUUUGUUAUGUGGCAACAUUUGCCUUCUCGGGACUUCUCUUCCACUGGUUCACACCAUCUGGACAGGAUUGUGGGCUCAAUACCUUCUUCAUCGUCAUGACCCUGAUUCUUGUGUUUGUUUUUGCCAUAGUUGCUUUGCAUCCUGCUAUUAGUGGCAGCAUUUUGCCAGCUUCUGUUAUAUCAUUGUAUUGCAUGUACCUCAGCUACAGUGGGCUUGCUAGUGAACCAAGAGAUUAUGAAUGCAAUGGUCUUCAUAGGCAUUCUAAAGCAGUUUCCACUGGCACCCUUACAGUUGGUCUGCUUACAACUGUUCUCUCAGUUGUCUAUUCUGCUGUCCGUGCUGGGUCUUCCACAACUCUGCUUUCACCACCUAGCUCACCUCGUGCAGGGAAACCUUUGCUUCCAUUGGAGAAGGCAGAUGAGAAAGAGAAGGAGAGUUCAAAGCCAGUCACAUACUCGUAUUCCUUCUUCCACAUCAUCUUUUCACUUGCAAGCAUGUACUCAGCGAUGCUAUUGACUGGGUGGUCAACCUCAGUUGGAGAGAGCGGGAAGUUGGUGGAUGUGGGGUGGCCAUCCGUGUGGGUUCGGAUCGUAACUGCGUGGGCGACUGCAGGUCUCUAUAUAUGGUCUCUGGUCGCUCCUGUUCUGUUCCCUGACAGGGAAUUCUAAGUCCGCACAAAAUCCAAUUUGGAAUGUUGAUAUGGUCCGAGGGUCAAAGUACCCUACUCUUGUGUAUAUGUGGGAUGCACCUUACUAGUGCUUUUUAUGGUGUGCUGUAAAAAGUUAGACCAUGCGUUCUGUGUGCUGUUCUACUUAAGUUCGAAAUGGAAAUGGGAACAUGGUAUUUCGGUUUUUCUGCCUCUUGAAAGUCAUUAAAAAACGGAGACCAACCUGAAUAAAUAGUGUUUUCUUUC